AUGGCCAUCUGUGAUUCGAAUUACAUCGUCCGUUUCGUAGAUAUCGGAGCAUACGGACGACGCAGCGAUGGAGGUAUAUUUAAAGACAGCACCAUAGGAAAAGCCUUUGACAAAGGUGACAUGAAUGUUCCGCAGCCGACUGCUAUUUCAAAUAGUUUUGUUCUACUAUAUUGUAUUGUGGGAGACGAAGCUUUUCCUUUGAAGCCAUAUUUGCUUCGUCCAUACCCAGGCAGAGGUCUGACAAUGGAACAAGCUGUCUUUAAUUACCGUUUAAGCCGAGUACGAAGGUUAAUCGAAAAUACCUUUGGUAUACUCGUCAGCCAGUGGCGAGUAUUCAGAAAACCAAUUAUCGCUAAUCCUGAAACUGCUGUGGAAAUAGUAAAGGCAACCGUAUGCUUGCAUAAUUGGCUU